AUGGCUGGAUCUCAACGCUACCCUUUCCGCACCCUUGGGAGCUGGAUCCAGUGGAUUAGGCGCUCCACGCAUCGAGGUGCAAAGCUGGCCAGCAGCAACAGCGAUGGGAGCCCCGAGCGCCCAGUUAAGGUGUUGGUCGUCGGUGCCAAUGCGGGCGGAGGCGCUGAUGGGAGCCCCAUCAAGACUGGGCAAGGCGAUGUCCCCAACAUGUGCGACGAGAUUGGGGAAGGCGGCGCGAGCUCCGUGCCUAUCCUCAAGAUGUGCGACGAGAUUGGGGAAGGCGGCACGAGCUCCGUGCCUAUCCCCAAGAUGUGCGACGGUGGUACAAGACAGAAGGAACCCGUGAAACUGGGGGCCGGUGGCGGUGACAGGAGCCCGGAGCACGUCCUCAAUAUUGGGCAUAGUCGCCUUCGUGUCGAUCACCUCGGCCAGUUGUAUGUCCUUGACUCCGAAGAUGAAGGCAUCGGCAAGGAGGCGGGACUUUAUGUCCCUGAUUCGGAGGAGGAAGAUGGACAUGGCAGUGGUUUGGUGGCGUCUACAGCCAGCAACAAGUCCGAGAAGAUGACCAUGGCCACAAAUCCGAUCAUCCAGGCUGGCUCGAUCCAGGCUGCUGUGGACGUCCCUCUGGGGGAUGUCGCCGCUGACGAACUACACCCAGUGAUGGUUCAACACUUGAAGGUCAUGUGUGUCGAUGAAAUGAUAUGUAGGUAUGCUGGUGUGCAUGGUUUGGUUUGA